AUGAAUCCAAUGAAAGUUUGCUCUGUAAGGCUGAAUGACGGACACCUCAUGCCUAUGCUGGGACUUGGCACUUCUGCUCCUAGUAAGGUCCCGAAGAGUAAGGUAGAAGAGGCCGUCAAGACAGCAAUUGAUGUAGGCUACCGCCAUAUCGACUCGGCUUAUGUGUAUCAAAACGAGGAAGAGAUUGGGAGGGCCAUCUGGAAGAAGAUUGCUGAUGGCACCGUGAAGAGAGAGGACAUAUUCUACACUACGAAGGUGUGGGGAACCUUCUUCCGCCCAGAAUUGGUUCUAACCAGCCUGGACACAUCGCUGAGGAAGCUUGGGUUGAGCUAUGUGAAUCUUUAUCUCAUUCAUCUCCCAGUAGCUUUGAAGCCUGGGGAGAAAUUUAUCCCAAAGGACAAAGAUGGAGAAGUCAUUUUUGACACAGUAGAUCUCUGUGACACAUGGGAUGCCAUGGAGAAGUGUAAGGAUUUAGGGCUGACCAAAUCCAUUGGCGCGUCCAACCUCAACCGCAGGUAUCUGGAGAGGAUCCUGAACAAGCCAGGGCUCAAGUACAAGCCAGUCUGUAACCAGGUGGAGUGUCACCCUUACCUCAACCAGAGCAAACUCCUGGAGUUCUGCAAGUCCAAGGACAUCAUCCUGACUGCAUACGCUGCCUUAGGGACUGACUUUAGGAAGGAGUGGGUGAACAAGAACUGCCCCGUUCUCCUGAAGGAUCCGGUGCUCAAUGCCAUCGCCUCAAAGCAUGGGCGCACCCCCGCCCAGGUGGCCCUGCGUUUCCAGCUGCAGCGGGGCCUGGUGGCCUUGGUCAAGAGCUUCAACAAGAAGAGAAUUUGGGAGAACUACCAGGUUUUCGAUUUCCAGUUGACACCAGAGGACAUGGAAAGUCUGGAUGGCCUAAACAAAAACAUUCGCUAUUUUCCAGAUGAAUUUGUUAAUCAUCCAGAUUAUCCAUUCUUUGAUGAGAAUUGA